AUGUACAGCCGGAAAGCCUGGGGCGGCGAUAUCGAUCCCUUUAUCCUCACGAAAUUCGUCAAAGCCGAAGACGACACAGCCGACCAAGACGCCCUCGUCAGCUUAGUGAUCUUUGAAUGGGGUGACGAGGCACUGAUAGGACGCCUGGUUCCGGGAACUGAUGCCAAAGUGGACGCCGAAUUGUGUACAUCCGAAGAGAUAGGUUCCUUUAUUCUCGCGACAAACGCUACGGAAGCUUCGAAAUCACCCAUCCUGUCCAAAGCCAUCAAUUUGAAGGAUCCUGCAGCUAUAAACUACCCAGUGAAGAAGACCGGCUUUUACUGCGUCAGUACAUAUGCAUUUUCCGGACACGACUACCAAGGUGUAGUGGAGUUUCGGAAUGCCUAUGGCGAACUCCCAGCUGCUCAAAUCGCUAAGCUGCCAUUCUAUGGAGGUCUUACCAUUGUAUAUGCUGUUUUUGGAGUUUUCUGGGCCUUUCUUUACGUCCAAAACCGACACGACAUCCUUCCCGUCCAGAACUAUAUCACAGCUAUUCUCAUCUUCCUUGUCGUUGAGGAAGCAAUGACCUGGGGUUUCUACGACUACCAAAACAGUCAUGGCUCGAACGCAUUUGCCAAGGKCUUGAUGAUCAUUGUAGCUAUCCUCAAUGCCGGUCGAAACGCCUUUUCAUUCUUCUUGCUCCUCAUUGUCUGCAUGGGCUAUGGAGUUGUCAAACCAUCAUUGGGAAGAACAAUGAUUUGGGUCCGAGUACUUGCCAUCACGCACUUUGUCUUUAGUAUGAUUUAUGGCAUUGCAAGUCUCACUAUUACCCCCGACAGCGCUGGUCCUUUAGUGCUUUUGGUCAUUCUUCCACUCGCAGCGACUUUAACAGCGUUCUACGUCUGGACACUCAACUCGCUGAACAUGACUAUGAAGGAUUUGGUCGAUCGAAAGCAGAAGACAAAAGCGAUGAUGUACAAGAAGCUCUGGUGGUCAAUCCUCGGAAGCAUUAUUGUAAUCUUCGCGUUCUUCUUUAUCAACUCAUUUGCCUUUGCUGGCCGUAACGCGGCCAAUUUCGUUCCAGACCACUGGAAGACGAGAUGGUUCGUCUUGGACGGAUGGCUGAAUCUCGUUUAUCUUUUUGACAUCGCCUUCAUCUCCUACUUGUGGCGCCCGACUGCCAACAACAGGAGAUUUGCAAUGAGUGAUGAGCUCGCCCAAGAUGACGAUGGCUUUGAAAUCCGUUCUCUCGCCAACUCCCUUGACGAAGAAGGCGCAAUCCCACUCACGGAUGAGUAUGACCGUUACUCUCCAGAGAGAGAAUUAUCACCUGUGCCACCAAAACCCGUUCAGCCUGCUCCUCAACAACGCGAGUCUCUUGAUGGCGAGACCAUAUUUGCAGUCGGUGAAGAAGAUGGCGACAAGUUCAGUGACGACGACGAAGAUGAUGAUUUUCGCAAAUCUUCCGAGGAAACGAGAAAAUUAACAGGAGGGUCACACUCUUGA